AAGAAGAAAAAGAUCUUCUAAUAAGAAUGGAGGUUCCUCUGAAAUUGCCCACUUCAGAUUCUCUUCUUAAGGAAAAAGCUCUUGGAUCUGUUCAAUUCCACGAAGCUAUUAAGGUUGAUGGUGAUCAUCAAGAACUUGAAACUGCCAAGGCCGAGAUGAGCGAGGUGAAGGAAGAGAACGAGAAACUUAAAGGGAUGCUCGAACGAAUUGAAAGUGAUUACAAAUCUCUCAAACUCAGAUUCUUCGACAUAAUUCAACAAGAACCUUCAAACAACCCAACUCAAGAUCAAAACAUGGCUACUCUUGCGAAGGUGACGACGGAUUUGACUUCUUUAGAUCAAGAACGCGAGCUUGUGUCGCUUUCACUUGGGAGAAGAAGUUCUUCCCCGAGUGAUAACACCUCUAAAAAGGAAGAGAAAACAGACGCGAUAAGCAUAGAAGUCAAGGCUGACGAAGAAUUGACCAAGGCUGGCUUGACCUUAGGGUUCAAUAACGGCAAUGGCCAUGAACCGAAUGGGAGUUUAUCUGUCGAGAAUCCGGCCAAUUCUGGCAUGGAAAAUAGCUCGGAUCAAGAAGCUCCGGGAGAAACUUGGAAGUCAAGUAAAGUCACAGGGAAGAGAAGCUCUCCGGCACCGACCUCCGGUGGAGAUGUUGAUGGUGAGGCCGGUCAGCAAAAUCAUGUUAAGAGAGCUAGAGUUUGUGUUAGAGCAAGAUGUGACACACCAACGAUGAAUGAUGGUUGCCAAUGGAGAAAAUAUGGUCAAAAGAUUGCGAAAGGAAAUCCAUGUCCACGAGCAUACUAUCGCUGCACGGUUGCACCUGGAUGUCCCGUUAGAAAACAGGUCCAAAGAUGUGCAGAAGACAUGUCCAUACUAAUCACAACCUACGAAGGAACACACAGCCAUCCUCUUCCUCUCUCAGCCACCACCAUGGCCUCUACUACUUCAGCAGCCGCCUCCAUGCUCCUUUCCGGCUCCUCCUCUUCCUCAUCAGCCACCGAAAUGAUCGGAAACAACCUCUACGACAAUUCAAGAUUCAUCAACAACAACAAAUCCUUCUAUUCACCCACUCUUCACUCCCCAUUACAUCCUACCGUAACCCUUGACCUCACGGCUCCACAACAUUCUUCUUCUUCUUCUUCAUUGCCUUCUUUAAAUUUCAACAAAUUCUCAAACUCUUUCCAAAGAUUCUCAUCCACAAGCCUAAAUUUCUCUUCUAAUCCAUCAUCAUCAUCGUCAAACUCUUCUACUCUCAACCUACCCGCGAUUUGGGGUAAUGGGUAUUCUUCUUAUACCCCAUAUCCUUACAACAACGUCCAAUUCGGGACCGACCUAGGAAAAACAGUCCAAAAUAAUCAGUCCCUGACCGAAACCCUAACGAAAGCGCUUACUUCCGACCCAAGUUUCCACUCAGUGAUCGCAGCAGCGAUCUCAUCCAUGGUCGGAUCCAACGGGGAACAACGGAUCGUCGGUCCAAGACAUCCUUCUAGCAAUAACAUUCAACAGACCGCUGCAACAAAUAAUAACAAAGGAUGUGGAGGCUAUUUUAGCAGCUUAUUGAUGUCUAACAUAAUAGCGAAUAAUCAAACGGGUGCAUCUUUGGAUCAACCAUCGUCGCAACUUCCUCCGUUCUCUAUGUUCAAGAAUUCUUCCUCUUCGCCAUCUACCACUAAUUUCGUGAACAAAGAAGAGAAAAGCUAGUGUAUUGUAUCAGAAGAACCUCCAUUGUUAAUUUUUGUUUGGUUUAUUUACCAGGUGUUAUAGUAUUGUAUCAGAAGAUGUUGAGUCUUGUUUGUCUUUUCUUAUUGGGGUUAGGAUACUAUGGAACUGAAUUCAAAUAUACCAAAUUAAAUGUACAAUAUGAUUUACUUGUGUAGCAAAGUU